UCUACCCAGCAUACUCCGCGGCAGCAUACAACAUAUGAACAUAGCCAUCUUGUCAACGAGUCGGGGUGGUAACAGCGGGGUUCUCGUCGUGAAAUUCUCCUUAUUGUAAAACUGGGACAUUGUCAGACGUUUUUUCCCUCCUGUUCGCUCGACGUUAGCUAGUUUUAUGCUUAGCUAGCAGUGAAGCCAGCGGACGCUGCGUGGGAGGGAGUCCUUUUGGAGAAGAUGUCUCGCUUACUUGUUCCGACGUAGGGGGGAGUGUGCGGCAGACAGUUGGCUUUUUUUGCGAGGGCUGCGGGGCCCUCCUCGGCCCUCGAGUAGCUCCCCACCGGAGCGCUGGAAGGCUCUCGCCGGGUUACAAGCAGCAGGAACGACAACACUGCCUCAUGGAUAGGACGUAAAUUAGCCUGCUGAGACAUCGUCGGCCUGCCCGUUGCUCGGGCGAGGAGGAUAUCGACAGCUCGGCCCGCCCGCCACCAUGUCCAAAAUGCCGGCCAAGAAGAAGAGCUGUUUCCAGAUCACCAGCGUGACUCAGGCCCAGGUGGCCGCGAUCGGGGCGGCGGAUGACACAGAGAGCCUGGAGGACCCGGACGAGUCCCGCGCCGAGGACGCGUCUUCGGAAAUGUACGACGCGUCGCGUACCGAGUUCGAGCCGACGGCCGACAGGGGUAUGCUCGAAGAGGUCGCCGACAACGCGGGAGAGCCGGAGCCGACGGUAGCGCCGGCUCACUUACCUCACUUCUCCGUGCUGUCCGUCAAUUCUCUGGGGGACUUUCAGAAAGCGCCGGCGUCCGGGAUCGGCGCUUCGGCCGCAUCGCAGCAGGCCGCGCCGACUUCAUCUUCCGGGCCGCUCGCUGUCUCAGUCAACACCUCCCAACCCGCGCCCGGUCCGGGUCCUCCCCCUCCCGCCGCCUCCGCGGCCGCUUGCACGUCACGUUUCCGGGUCAUCAAACUCGACCACGGUACCGGAGAACCCUUCCGAAGAGGCCGGUGGAUGUGCACCGAGUAUUACGAGAAAGAAUCCGAGGGUUCCGUCGCCAAUCGUGCCGCUGUCGGUGCGGUGCCGGAGCCCGCCGCGGACAGAGACGGCGGCGCGGCGCAAACGGGCGGCUCCGCGGUCGCUCCGGAAAUUCAUUCGACUCAAGCCUCUGGAGCGUCGCCGGAUCUCGCCCGGCUGAAUCCGGCGGAUACGUCGGCGCAGCAGAACUCGAUUGCCCGGCAACAAGACGGCGGUCGGUCAGGCAAGCCCGCGACCACCGCGGUUCAGCCCGCGGCAACGGGCGUCCACGUCCAGCCAGUCGCGCCACAGAGCGUUGGUAACGGAUUACCUCAUGUGCAGAAGUCCCCUAUCUUGCCUCCGUCGGCGCAAGCUUACCAACUUUCCGUGGGACACCACCUAACCGGCCAGAACCAGCCCGAGCAUUAUCAACAGCAGCUCGGUCAGUCGCUGUCGGGGUCGGGUUCGUCCGCGGGGCCCCCAACUGGACAGGUGACCUCCCCCGCGCCCGCUCAUUUUGGGGAUGGCGGCGCCGGAAAAUCGGCGCCUCCUCAAACAGUCGGAACGGGAAACGUCGCCGCCUCUGUACCGGCGAGCGGAUUUACUCCCGGUCAGUACGCCGGCGCCGUCCAGUUCCAACCCCAAGGCCUUCACCCGGGGCCACCGGCUGUACAAAAUGUGCCUGUUACCGCAGCGAGCGCCGGCACCCCUCCCGCUGCCCUCGGCGGUUCCGGCGUAGCCACGCCAAAGGGGACGUCUGGCGGUCAGGCGACCCAGGGCCAAACGGCAGGGGCGUCGGCGGCUCACGGCCUACUCGCCGCUGGAUUUGGACAGACGGAGGGAGGCGGCGGUAGGAAAUCCGACGGGGUCGCGAACGCGCCGUUGCUCGGGAGGGACCUGGGGAAGCCCUUCAUGCCCGAAAGCCUGCAGCUCGCCGCGCCGACCGUCAACAGCCUGUUCGGGAUCCACAUACCUGUCGACGGAGACGAGGACAGGAACCCCUCCAAGGCUUUCUACCAAGCCUUCCAGUCUGGCAGCAGAUUAAGGGACUCAAAGGCCCACAGUGAUAGUGCCUCUGGAACCAAUAUCGUUGCCAUUGACAAUAAGAUAGAACAGGCCAUGGAUCUGGUGAAAAGCCAUCUGAUGUACGCCGUGCGCGAGGAAGUGGAGGUCUUGAAGGAGCAGAUCAAAGAGCUCUUUGAGAGGAACUCUGUGCUGGAGCGGGAGAAUGCCGUCUUGAAGUCUCUGGCCAACAGCGAGCAGCUCUCGCAACUUCCCGCCGCCCCUCCUCAGCCCCCGCAAGCCCAGCAGCCGCAACAGCCCCAGGCCCCGCAGACUCACCCUCAGCCCGACGCCAGCCAACAGCAACCCAAUGUCACCUCAUCUUAAAAAAAACAAGAUAGGUUGGAGUUACAGUAAACCCCCGCUAUUGAGGUGGGAUGGGGAUUGAACCCUAUUGCCCAUAGUCACGCCAACCUAAAACCAGAGGUGGGUAGAGUAACCAAAAAUUGGACUCGAGCGAGAGUCGCGUUACUUCAAAAUAAUAGGUACGAGAAGUCAUCCUAUAAAUGUAAAAAAGUAUUCGGUGAAAUCAAGUCCAGUAUCAUUGUGAGUAACUUGCUUACAAUCUCAUCUUUUUUAGAUAUUUAUUACUAUACAGUACCACUGUAUAUAUAAACUAUUAUAUGACCAUAUUAGGACAAACAAAUGAACAAAAUAAUCAAAUUCAGACUAGAAAAAUGAAGCAUUACCAUUCAAAGAGCACAAAUGCCCACAUUUCCUACCAUGAAAUGAAAACGAUGAUAUCUCCGGUUUUCUGUAGUCCAUGGGUGCCAAAUAAAAACUGGGAGAAAGAGAGAGAGGGAGUUUGAGGUCCAGUCACGUAGGUCUUAUUCUUUCAUUUUUAAGGCAGUUUAAAGUUGCCACGUGAUUGAAUAGGACUUGCGAGCUUGUGUGUGCUCAUGCCACCGUAUUGGUACGUUUGAUUGGUAUUAUGGAGUCGUGAUUAUUGGUAAAACUGGUCGAGCCGCAGUCGCUGGCAAAAAUAAAGUCAAAUCUGGUACAGGUGCUCACCGUGUUACGAACAAGUUCCAUUCCUACGCAGUGGCGACGUAAUCCAAAUUUCCGUGCCGGAAUUAACCCGACAAGUACCCCUGGAUAAAUUGCAAAAUACCAAUUGAAAAACAUGUACAGUGGGGCAAAUAAGUAUUUAGUCAACCACCAAUUGUGCAAGUUCUCCUACUUGAAAAGAUUAGAGAGGCCUGUAAUUGUCUACAUGGGUAAACCUCAACCAUGAGAGACGGAAUGUGGGGGGAAAAAAACUGAAAAUAGCAUUGUUUGAUUUUUAAAGAAUUUAUUUCCAAAUUAGAGUGGAAAAUAAGUAUUUGGUCACCUACAAACAAGCAAGAUUUCUGGCUGUCAAAGAGGUCUAACUUCUAACGAGGCUCCACUCGUUACCUGUAUUAAUGGCACCUGUUUUAACUCAUUAUUGGUAUAAAAGACACCUGUCCACAACCUCAGUCAGUCACACUCCAAACUCCACUAUGGCCAAGACCAAAGAGCUGUCGAAGGACACCAGAGACAAAAUUGUAAACCUGCACCAGCCUGGGAAGACUGAAUCUGCAAUAGGCACUUAGUGUAAAGAAAUCAACUGUGGGAGCAAUUACAGUGAUACCUCAGCUCACGAAUAUAAUUGGUUCCCAGAAAGUGCGUGUAAGGCGAAAAGUUCGUCUUCCGAACAUUUAUUUCCCAUAAGAAACCAUUAAAAUGAGAAUAAUCCGUUCCCAGGUCCCCAUAAAACAUAAUUUUCUACUAAAUAAGCCUUAUAACUGCACAAAAAUAUACCUUAUUUUCUUUAAUGUCUUCUUGGGCUUAACACUAGCCUGUGGUGGGGUCUUUUUCGGUCCCAUAAUAGCAAAAGUAUACUCAAUGUGGUCCAAAAUGUCUAUCAAACACAAACCACGUCCGCACUCAACGAAAGGGAGGGGACGAACUGGGACGCCGUGAGCGUGCGUCAGCUUCUCGUGGCGCUGUUCGACCGCGUGGUUUGGUUGGUCCGCCGAAAACUAGUUGGUCAGCAGAGACUAUAUGCUCGCGAAUUUAAUGUUCUUGAGGCGAAAAGUUCGUGAGCUUAAGCGUUCGUGAGCUGAGGUAUCACUGUAUUAGAAAAUGGAAGGCAUACAAGACCACUGAUAAUCUCCCUCGAUCUGGGGCUCCAUGCAAGAUCUCACCCCCUGGCGUCAAAAUGAUAACAAGAACGGUGAGCAAAAAUCCUAGAACCACACGGGGGGACCUAGUGAAUGACCUACAGAGAGCUGGGACCACAGUAAAAAAGGCUGCUAUAAGUAACACAAUGCGCCGCCAGGGACUCAAACCCUGCACUGCCAGACGCGUCCCCCUGCUGAAGCCAGUACACGUCCAGGCCCGUCUGCGGUUCGCUAGAGAGCAUUUGGAUGAUCCAGAAGAGGACUGGGAGAAUGUGUUGUGGUCAGAUGAAACCAAAAUAGAACUUGUUGGUAGAAGCACAGGUUCUCGUGUUUAGAGGAGAAAGAAUCCUGAAUUGCAUCCGUAGAACACCAUACCCACUGUGAAGCAUGGGGGUGGAAACAUCAUGCUUUGGGGCCAGGACGACUGAUCUGUGUAAAGGAAAGAAUGAAUGGGGCCAUUUUGAGUGAAAAUCUCCUUCCAUCAGCAAGGGCAUUGAAGAUGAGACGUGGCUGGGUCUUUCAGCAUGACAAUGAUCCCAAACAUACAGCCAGGGCAACAAAGGAGUGGCUUCGUAAGAAGCAUUUCAAGGUUCUGGAGUAGCGUAGCCAGUCUCCAGAUCUCUACCCCAUAGAAAAUCUGUGGAAGUGGAGUUGAAAGUCCGUGUUGCCCAACGACAGCCCCAAAAUAUUACUGCUCUAGAGAUCUGCUUGGAGGACUGGGCCAAAAUACCAGCAACAGUGUGUGAAAAGCUUGUGAAGAGUUACAGAAAACAUUUGGCCUCCGUUAUUGCCAACAAAGCACGUUUGUGUAGAAAAAAAAAAAAAAAAAAAAAAAAAAAAAACUUCCACAGCCAACCGCUUUUAUUCAUUUUUAAGUACAUUCAAAACAAUAAAAUAAUUGUCCAAAAUACCCAUUAUUCAAUAAGAAGCACAGAAAGAGUUUGUAAAAAAAAAAGGAAACAAAAAAGCGCCUAUUUAAUAUACUCCAAAUGUAAAAAUUGGUCUCAUGUGUGACGUGAGGACAAAAUUUGUCGCCGCCAGUGACGUAAAUCUUCGGUUAUCAGUGUCCACAUGAUGGAGCCACAAACACAGAAUUCUCAAAUCUUCACUUUUUUAAGAACACUGGUUUAAAUCUGCGUGCACGUGUGGAUGAUAGGUCAAAUCGUAGAAAAAUACCAUGUUUUUGCCAAAUACCCUACUAUGUGUGGACAUGGCCUGAAUCUGUCAGUUUAACCGGGGCUUUAGCGCCAUCUUGGGGUGGAACAGAGAACACAAAAAUACAGAAAGGCGGGGGUUGACUGUACUCCGUCUGAAUUUUACAGGGAAAAAAAAAAGUUUUUCGCCACCAGCUUGACCACAAAGUGCAGCGCUUGUAUGUGUGCGUGCGUGUUUGGUGAGUGAGCGCAUGAGCGUGUACUGUGGGCCUUUACAGUGUUAAUGCAAUCAUCAACGGGAUGGAAGUGACGUGACCGAUUCGGAUAAAGGGACACCUGACGUGAAGGGACAAAUGAAUGACAAUAAAGAGUGAAUAUUUUUUUAAAAGAAGAUCUUUGUGUGGGCAAAAGGAAAGAAGAGCACGCCGCUUCUGCCGUUACUUGUACAUCAAAUGUGUGGACGUCUGCUGUCAAGUCUUUUAUUUAUUACAGGGGCUGCUAUUUUCAUAAAUCACUUCAAUAAAAUAAUAGCCCUCCUAUUUUUUCCUUCUGAAAAAAACCAACAACUUUAUGCCUGAGUUUACAUUCAACAAAUAUUCAUAAACUGAUGGAAGACAUAAAAACUACUAUAGAAAAUAAAAAAUGAGAACAUCUUAAAUUAGGGCUGUCAAACAAUUAAAAUUUUUAAUCGAGUUAAUUACAGCUUAAAAAUUAAUUAAUCGUAAUUAAUCGCAAUUCAAACCAUCUAUAAAAUAUGCCAUAUUUUUCUGUAAAUUAUUGUUGGAAUGAAAAGAUAAGACACAAGCCGGAUAUACAGUAUACAUUAGGCCUGAACGAUAUUGGAAAAAACUAUUGUCGCGAUUUUUUUUAGGUUUGCAAUAUAUUGCGAUAUUAUAUUGCGAUAUUAAAAAAAAAAAGAUCUAUCUUUUUUAAAGAAAUUUUCACUAAAUGACUUGAAUAGGUGUUUGGAAAUACUUUACAUAACACACCGUGACCACAGUGUAUUCAUAUAAUACCGUUUAAUUUGUUAAUGAUGAAGAUUUCUGUAUGAAGGUAUCCAGGAAGUCAUGUCUGCACAAAAUAGAUCAUUUAUUGAAUACAAUAUUUUACACUUCAACAGCAGCAAAUACAUUAAAUGAUAAAUAAAAGAGCAGGUGCAUUAGUCCCCUUAGUUUUUGACAAAAUAUAACAAAUAAAAACUUCUGUAAAAUAACAACAAAGUUGUCAACAUAUUUGAACAAAAAUAUUAAAUAUGACAAAUAAAAGAGUUGUUCACAAACUAUAACAAUAAAUAAAAACCUCAGUAAAACAACAAAGUUGUCAACAUAUUUGAACAAAAAUAUUAAAUAUGACAAAAGAGUUCACAAACUAUAACAAUACAUAAAAACCUCAGUUAAACAACAAAGUUGUCAACAUAUUUGAACUUAAAUAUUAAAUCUGACUAAUAAAAGUGCAAGUGCAUUAGUCCCCUGAGUUGUUUACACAAAAUAUAACAAUAUAAAACUGCAAAACGGCAACAAAGUUGUAAAAAUAUUUCAACAAAAAUAUUAAGUAUCAAAACUUUAUGUGCAGCUGUACUAUAUAUAGUUAUUUGAAAAAUACGGUUUACAAUAAAUUUAAAUAUAAAAGAAACAAACUCAAUUGAACUUGUAAAUAAUUGAACUGAAUAACUGCAAAUAACUGUGAUGAAUAACAGAACCAUUUUAACUCCCAAAUUUCCUGCCUUCCUGAUAGCUGUCACAUUAAAAGAAGAAAAGACAUUCCUUCAGCUGUGUUAUGUAUUUGUCUGCAUAUCGUCCACCUUCCUUGCUCAGCAAUUCUCAACUGGGUCUCAUAGGUUUUUGGCCAAGACUAUUAGUUUAUCCACUAUAGCAGGCUUGAGACAAGAACGUUGGCAUUUAACAAUGUUCCCACCUGUGCUAAAAAGCCUCUGAUGGGGAGCUCGUAGCAGGAAUGCAUAGAUACCUGCGUUUUAAAUGGUCCCACAUGUUUGACAGAUUACUUCUUGUUGAGGCAACCAUGGCGAGGCACUGUCGACAGGGCUGUUUUUUGUCCCUUAUAGUCUUGUUCUUGCCAAAAUACUUCCAAAACUCCUUUUGGAUACAGUCUUCCUUGCUCCUCCAACGUGUUGAUUGCUUGCUUUCACUUUGAGAACGGGCCCUCCUCCCUCCGCUCUGCUGUUCGGCCCCUCCUCCCUCCACUCCGCUGUUGCAGGGGGAGGGGGAGGAGCCGAUGACUUGCUGGAGAGAAAGAGAAGCUGUGCGCUUUUUUUUCCCUCUCCUUCCUCAAAACAAACGUUUGUGGAUUAAAAAAAAUGAAAUUAAAAAACUAUCGCACGUCCUUGCGAUGGGACUAUUGCACAUGCGCACAUCGCGAUGGCGAUGUUUAAACGAUAUAUCGUUCAGGCCUAGUAUACAUUCAACAUACUGUACAUAAGUACUGCAUUUGUUUAUUAUGACAAUAAAUCAACAAGAUGGCUUUAACAUUAUUAACAUUCUGUUAAAGCGAUCCAUGGAUAGAAAGACUUGUAGUUCUUAAAAGAUAAAUGUUAGUAUAAAAUAUAGAAAUGUUAUAUUAAAACCCCUCAAUGUUUUCGUUUUAAUAAAAUUUGUAAAAUUUUCAAUCAAAAAAUAAACUAGUAGCUCACCAUUGUUCAGCACCACCAAUUCUCAUGGUGCUGAAAACUAUAAAAUCAGUCGCACCUAAGUGCCAGCAGAGGGCGACAAAACUCCAAGAGCACAAGUAACAAGUGCACAUGUCACUGUACUGUCAUUUUAAUCUGUUUGAGCGGGGCAUGUGCGUUAAUUGCGUCAAAUAUUUGAACGUGAUUAAUUUAAAAAAUUAAUUACCGCCCGUUAAUGCGAUAAUUUUGAUAGCCCUACUUUAAACUCAUACAAAAAUAAAAGAAUAAAUUCCUCUCUAUUUUUCCAAAAGUAUUUCAUUAAAAUUAAUGUUUUAGGAAAAAAUAUUUCGAUUUUCAUUUUCUGCAUUUCCGUCUAAUUAAUAAAGCACUUUACAUGAAGCAAAGUGCCAUGGCCACAAACUAUUUUCAAUUUCAUUUUGUCUCAAUAAAUACGUACCGUAUUGGCCCGAUUAUAAGACGGCCCUGAUUAUAAGACGACCCCGUUUUUCAAGGCUCAAGUUUGAAAAAAGACUUUUUGAACACCAAAUUCAUUUUUAUACAGAAAAUAAUUACAGUACAUCUGAAACAAAUGAUUAUAACAAUAUAUUUGAGAGAAAAAGCAUGUUAUUUUGCCUCAUUCAAAUCUUUAUAUUUGAACAUUUAAAUAUGUAAACUAAAGUGCAAUCACAUUUGUAAAUGAAUGGCUUCUGGUUUUUGAAAUGUAAAUAAACCAAUCUAUUGUGAUAAAAAAAAACAAAAUUGCAAUAACUGCAUUAGCCAUCAAAGUGAAGUCUAACUAAUUGUAGUCUUGAAACAAAUCUGAAUAAGGAAAAACAUUGUAUGCAAACUGGUUAAACUUAAGAGUAGCUGAGAUCUGUCAAGACAGAACAUCGCUUCAAUGAUAUCUGGCGCCAUCUAGAGUCGUUAAUAGGUAUAAUUUCUAGACCGUGAAUAUAAGACGACCCCUCUUUUUCAGUCUUAUUUCAAUGCAAAAAAAACCUUCUUAUAUUCGGGCCAAUAUGGUAUGUAAAAAUGUUUUUUUUGUUUUUUUUUUUUAAAUGUAUUUGUUAAAUGGAAAUUCAGGCACCAAGGAGCACAAUUUUACAAUUCAGGGGUUCUCAAACGGGUGUCCGCAAAGUGUAACCCCGACUUUUUCAGUGCCAUCGACAUUGAUAAACGUCCAAAUAUCCUUCUGCUUUGAAUUGAAACGAGUUUAUCACUAGUAGAGUCUAAUCCAUUUGAACAAAUAAGGGUUACGACUUUAAUCUCAGAAUGCAGUAUGACUACAUAUGAUUUUCUUAUAUGGCGGCAUGACUCCGUGCUCAUUGUUCCCCAAACCAGAGGUUGUGGGUUUGAUUCCCUGCCCUGUCUUUUAGCAAGAUAAGUGCUCCUGAUGAUGCGUCAUUAAUGAGGAUAUCCUAUCAAAGAAGGUAGAAAAGGACUAUUUCUGGUGAUAUUACAAUUUGAAUCCAUCCCCUCCCCUCUCCGUCCCACCCCUUAAAUACCGUAAUUUUCGGACUAUAAGGCUUACCUGGACGAUAAGCCGCCACCCGUCAAAUUUGACGCGAAAACUGCUUUUGUUCAUAGAUGAGUCGCAGCCGUCCUCACUGUAUUAUGGGAUAUUUACACCAAAAGAUAUUAACUAGUAACACUUUGACAGCAUAUGAAAUUUGACAGUGUCACGUCAUUGUUAUUAUAUCACCGCUGUCAAACAAAGUGUUACCUAUCAACUCAACUACAUAAACAAAUAAGCCUCACUGGACGCAGGAUUCAAAAUGAGGGGAAAAAAGUAGCGGCUUAUAGUCUGAAAAUUACGGUAAGUUUGAGAACCUCUGCUAAAUGACAAACUCUGACAAAUAUUUAACACCAAUUCCAAUUUCAUGCUGUGAUCGGCAAUUUUGAGAGUCCAGAGGCAUGCUGUGAAAUCACUCACUUUGUAACCAAAGAAGCAAAACAACUUUUUAUUUUGAUUUUUUUUUUCCAAAUAUACAACUAAUAAUUAUUUUAUUUUCAUAUUUGGCUUUGGAGCAAGGUCAUUUUUGCUUUUGAUUUUAUCCAGAGGUGGGUAGUGUAGCCAAAAAUUGGACUCAAGUAAAAGUAGCGAUACUUCAAAGUAUUACUAAUGUAAAAGUAGUCAUCCAAUGAGUACCAGUAAAAAGGUAUUUGGAAAAAGGACAGCAGGGCCGAGAACCAAAAGUGGUAUUUGCCAUGUGGCAAAAUGGACUUUGCCAUGUGGCAUUUUUUUUGGUAUGUGGCAAAAUGGAUUUUGCCAUGCGGCAUUUUUUCUUUGCCAUGUGGCAAAAUGGAUUUUGCCAUGUAGCAUUUUUUUGCCAUGUAGCAUAAUUGAUUUUGCCAUAUAGCAUUUUUUGGCAUUUUUUCCCAUGUAGCAUAAUUGAUUUUGCCAUGUGGCUUUUUUUUUUUUUUUUUUUGGUAUUUGACAAAAUGGAUUUUGCCACUUGGCAUUUUUUCUUUGCCAUGUGGCAAAAUGGAUUUUGCCAUGUAGCAUUUUUUUUUGGGGGUAUGUGGCAAAAUGGAUUUUGCAAUGCGGCAUUUUUUCUUUGCCAUGUGGCAAAAUGGAUUUUGCCAUGUAGCAUUUUUUUUGCCAUGUAGCAUAAUUGAUUUUGCCAUGUGGCAUUUUUUUUUUGCUAUGUGGCAAAAUUGAUUUUGCAUUUUUUUUGACAUGUGGCAAAUGGAUUUUGACGUGGCAUUUUCAAAGUAAAACAUUUUUUUGCUUCAAUUGAAAAAAUUUUUUUUUAAUUGCU